AUGAGGGUAUUCGAAUCGCUCAACUGCAUUGCUUGUAAGAAACCGUUUGAUCGAGCUGCUAAUCAACUUCGAUCUCCACUUCAGUUGGGUUGUGGAUUGGCCAUGUGUGAUGAGUGUUUCAAGAAAGAGGUUGAGACGGACGAAGAAGAAAGAAAACAUCAAUGUGGAAAUAGUGCCUGUUUCCGCAACGGAGAGUUUGCCUACUUUUUGAUUGAUGUUUUGUCCCAAGAAAGCGCUUUGGUCUUUACUCCAAUGGGAUAUUUCCUUGUGAAGCCUUUCAACAUUCCGGAAUGUCCAAUUUGUUAUGAUGAAUAUUCGGAUGUAAUUGAUGCGAAGAAAUCGUUUGCUCUUCAAUGUGGGCAUAUCAUUUGCACGGAAUGCUGUUUGAAGACAUGUCAGAAGUAUUAUUCAAAUGAAUAUAAAAUCAAUUGUCCAACUUGUGGAAAGACAUAUGAUACGUACACUACUGUCAACAAACAGAAAGAUAGAUUUCAUGACUUUUUAAAUGAACUACCCGAAAUGACUCGACAAAUGGAAACAAUUAAGGCAGCAAUUGAGGCUUUAAUGAAUGCUAAGGAUGCACGUAGCUGCAACGAAUGCCACAAAAAGGAUACUAUCGACAAGAUGUUUUACUGUAGCGCAUGCAGCUUUGAAACUUGUGCUGUUUGUGCUUACAAAAAACAUCGUUUGCAUGAAGCCAUUCCUCUAUUGGAAAAACAGGCUAACCAAAUGUUGAUGGAACUUCAACAAGAGUCAAGAAAUGUCAUCAAGACGUACAAGGAUUUGGUUCCUGAACUACACAAGGGACUUCUCGAGGGCAUUGACAUCUUUGAAACGAAAUUACUUUCGAAAGAAGAAACUCUCAAGGACGCUUUAACUUGGAUCAAUUUACAGGAAAAGCAUGAAUCAUUUACAAAGAUGAAGUCCAAAUUCGAGUCAUCCGCUGAGAAUUACUUGCCUCAUUUGCGCAGAUUCGAUUCUGAGGUCAAGCAAUUGAUUCAAACCCUCAACGAGACCCAUGAUGUC